AUGACAAGCGAUUUGCGCGAUGUUAGUUUCGCGCGUAGUUUUCGUUCAGCGAGUCUAGACUAUGACCGCUUUGUCUAUAAUCUGUGUUCAUACGGAACAUCGGUUGACGACAGCUGGCUCGCUAUCUGCGGGCGGCGACCGCCAGGGGCCCGCGGGGUUGGCGGCCGCGGGAAAGAGCGCGUAAAAAGGCGAGCGCCCGACGGGCCUUUCUCGAGGUCGACGCCCGGGGCCCCGAAACCCACGCCCGCACACCAUGCACACCCCUAA